AUGACGCUCUACCGCAAUCCCACGUGAAAUCUCGGCCCGCGGCGAUUGUCAGAUUCCUUCCAUUUCUUUGUUCUCCUCUCUUCGCCGAUGCCGUUUACAACUGCCCAAAUACUAUAAAUGAAACAAAACAAUAAAAGGUAAGCGGCCAAUUGAACUGCAAAAGACGGCAUCAAAAAAGGAAAAAGAAAGAGAGAUAGGAGAGAGGGAGAAGGACAGCGUCUGAUUGAUAAUUGAUAGCCCGGUGAUUCGGAAUGCCAAAAAAGGCAAAAAGGGAGUGGUCUGGUCUCUUCAUCUCGCAUUCAUUGCGCUUCUGCCCCAUCUGAAACGACAACGACGUCUUUCUGUCCCGGAGAUGAAUUCCGAGACGCUUCCCAAAUUAAAUUCGUUUCUUCCUCUUUCUCCGGCUCCCAAAAACAAAUGUUCUGUUGCUGCUCUCCGAUUCUUUGCCCCUCCUAACAUCUGGUUCUGAUUUCUCUGCGUCUCUCUUCUUCUCACUCUCUCUCCGUUUGGAUUCGCCAUCCCAGCUCGCCAGAUUCGCCUUCUUUUCUGUUACAAAUGACGAUGAUGCUCCCGCUUUCCGUUUUGCUCUUUUUUGCCUUUUCCUGGUGAGAAUGCACUCCGCCACCGUAUCCAUCGCAUUUAUAUUUCUUUCAGACCGUUGGAGCCGGCAAGGAAUGCGAAUUCGCAAUGCGGCUCGUGCCCGGUUUCAACCCUCUUCAUCAGAAAGAUUCGAACGGAAAAGAGUGCCGUGGAAAUGUGGAACUUCCGUUCUGCAAAGGAUACUGUAAGACAAGCGAGAGCGGAACGCACGGCUUCCCUCCGCGGAUCCAGAACAGCCGAGUGUGCACUCUCGUGGUCACUUCGCACCGCAAAGUGAUGCUCAGCGAUUGUGACGAAGGCGCGGCCGAGAGCGUCAAAUUUGUGAUGGUCCCGCAUGGCUCGGAGUGCGAGUGCUCUUCGGUUCCACUUGAGCAGCAUCACACAUGA